AUGCUUGUGUUUGUCUCGUUCAUCUUCACGUUGUGCAGCUUCGACAACUACUCUGCCAACAUGAUGCUGGAUGGGAAUCCAGUAACCCUGGGUCUGUGGGACACAGCGGGACAGGAGGACUAUGACCGGCUCAGACCCCUGGCCUACCCAGAGGCGGAUGUAUUCCUGAUUUGUUUUUCACUUGUCAUUCCAUCUUCCUUUCAAAAUGUUCGUGCCAAGUGGUAUAAUGAAGUGAGACACCACUGUGGCAAUGUUCCUUUAAUCCUGGUGGGCACCAUGAUGGACCUGAGAGACGAUGAAGAUAUGAUGAAAAAGCUAAAAAAGAAGAAACUGUCUCCAAUAACAUGUAAUCAAGGCUCAUUAAUGGCUAAAGAAAUAGGUCAGUUGUGGAUCCACAGAUGAAAUAACUUGUCUUGUCAAUAUGGUUUUGUCUUUAUUUGCAUUUAUUUUCUCAAUCACCUUGUGUAUAGUAAUCAUAAGUGUGUGUGUGUGUGUGUGUGUGUGUGUGUGUGUGUG